AUGGCUUGGGGAUGGUGUCGAAGCGAUGGGCCUCGCUGCUGCCCGUCGUGCGCAUCAGCGCUCCUGCCGACUCUCCACCUCGUCGGGAGGAAUAUUACCGUUAACUACGAAUCACGACGUGCGGACUAUUACCGUCACGACGACUCGCAGCUCCCCGUCCCCACGCUCUCCGCGCCCGCGCUCCUCCGCAUGCUGUCCCGCGCGCCGAGCGUGACUUCCCUCACGCUGGGCGACGGCGCCGUCGAUUUCUACGAUGAUAGCUUCCUUACCUCGCUGCUCGCCGCCUGUCCCAAGCUCACCUGCUUGACCCUCGGCGAGCCUCGUUUCACCGCCGCACCGCCUCCCUUCACCAUCAGCCUCUCAUCGCUCGACUCAUUCUUCCGCGCCGCAGCGCCGCAGUUACAGCAGCUCGCGCUGCUGCUUGCUAUCGAGGCCCCGAAGCUUCCUGAUUCCAUCUCGUCGCUGUCGUCGCUGUGCGUGCUUCGCCUCCGCUCCAUCAAGAUCCAACAGCUCCCGGACGGACUGUGCCAUCUGCCCGCGCUCCAGGAGCUGCAGUUCAGCUGUUCGAUGCUGUGGGAUGUGCCCGAGGACUUCGGGCAGCUGAAAGCUUUGACGCACCUGUCCAUCGUCGACAGCAUGAACAGCGCGCUCAGCCUGCCCGAUUCUCUGGGCGACCUCUCGUCGCUCACCUCGCUCUGCAUAGCCUUCCCGUGCGGGCGACUCCCGGAUAGCAUCACCGCGCUGCAGCAGCUGCGGCGCCUGCAGCUGCGACUGGCCGGACGGCUUCACCUCACAGACGUUUUCAUCCCCUCUCCCCUUCCUCACCUCGCCCGCCUGCUCUCACUCCACAAGUUACGCAUCAGAAGGAGCGCCCACCUUCCUCACUCUGAGCCCUUCAUUCCCUUCAUUCCCGAGAACAUCGGCGAGCUGGCAGCACUGGAGUCGCUUGAGCUGAAAGGGCGUGUUUCGGAGAAGGAAGCGUCACCAUAUACGAGCAUGUUAUCCAGGAUAAAUAGAGCAGAAGAGAGGCCGCCUGAAAGGUGCAAUCACUUGGAGCAUCUACCACGAGAGUUUGGAUCCUUUGGGGCACUAACUAGGGUGACUAUUGAGGGAUCGUUUUCAACUCUGCCAGACACUCUCGGUGGGCUGUCCUCCCUGCAAGAAGCGUCUCUGAAGUCUCCAGUCCUUGCCAGCCUGCCUCCCUCCUUCUGCCUCCUCUCUCGCCUCCACACUCUCACCAUCACCGGCAGCGACUGUCUUGUCACCCUGCCCUCUGAUUUUGGCUCCCUAAGUGCCCUCCAACGCCUCUCCAUCCACUCCUGCUUUCGCGUGCACAGCCUUCCCGAUUCUUUCUCCUCGCUCGCCUCCCUUGUCCACCUCGCCAUCACAAAUUGCCCCAAGCUUUCCACUCUCCCCGAUGGCUUUGGCUCGCUGACCCAACUUGCCCGGCUGACAUUCAUCUACUGUGACUCCUUCACUCACCUGCCCGCCUCCUUCCCCUGUCUGCCGUCCCUCCGUGUGGCCAGCUUCAGCUGCUGCCCGCGCAUGCACCCCUGCCUGUGGGCAUGGGCCUGCUGCCGCGCCUGGAGGUGCUGCAUCUGCGGGGAUGUGCAUCGCUCACAAAUCUGCCGCAUUCGCUCAAACAGGCCAGGGCGCUCAGGCAUGUCGAUGUGA